AUGAGAAGGAACGGGAAGGUACUAACAUUAGACCUUUCAAAAAAGCCAAAAGAAGAUGGGAGUGCAAUGACCUAUGGCUCUAAUGAUACAACCUUUACCGUUAUAAAGAGUGAUUCCGGUCUACCGAAAGGGUUUUUCAGGCAUGUUUAUACACCUACAAAUGGACCUAUUACUCUAAAUAGGACACUUAAAGAUGACUAUAAGAUAAGAGGAGGCUUUACGGGAUUAAAUUUCAUAGAAGAUGUAGAAAGUACCUCUGCUUACUUUUGGGAAGGAUCUAAAGAUAAACCAAUCCUACUUGGAAUAACUGCCAAGGGUACUAGCGGUGAUAUAGAGACAAAGUACUUUAGUAAAGGCGAUAGGUUUUGGAUGAACGGUCCUAUAAAUGGUCUGGAUGAACAACAGGCACUUGAUCAUCAGAACUGUAAUAUUAAUCAUGCUAUACCCAUUGACAUAAAAGAACCUACAAAGGACCAUGCUAAUGGAAAAUCGACCUGUCUAAAAACGAAAACUGUACAACCAUACUACAAACCAAAGCUUCCGUCUGGAACUAAUGGUAUUUACGAAGUAGAGUCCUAUAACAUGCCUAAAGGUAUGAAAGUAUCUAGAGUUACUUAUGAUAAUAAUCCUACUAACAUUACCACUAAUGACACUAUCUCUCUGCUAAAAAUAUAUACAUGGAAUGGCGAUUCACUUAAGCAUAAUAACAUCCCGUUGCUUGUUGAGUUUAAGAAAUCCUCUGAUGGAAAGUCUGAGUGGUAUGAAAACAUUGGUAAAAGUUCACCUUAUACUAGCUGGAAACAGAUUCUUCAACCAGAUGUGUUAAGUUUUUAUAAUCUUCGAGGGGAACUUACUGAUGAUUUUACCAUAAAGCUAAAUGAGAUAAACUGUAAUCUCAACGAUGUUCUUCAAAUAGAUGUUAGAAAGCAACCAAAUAAGAAGACUGAAGAAUAUUGUCAUGGUAGGGGAAAUGAUGGACAUAUCAAAAAGAUAUCAGUUGAACCGGAUAAUAAGAUAAACAUUCCUGGAUUUGGCGCAUAUAAACACUACAUGAAAGCCUCCUUAGGGUCCAGGAAGUUUAACAUCUCCGGGUUUACUGGAGAUUUAAUUUUAAAAGGAUUCAGUGGACUGCCAUUUAAGAAUGUAGGUAAGGUUAUAGUAUUUUCUCGUCAAUGUAGUCCGGGACAAUAUGGACAGACUUUCAUGAUUUAUGUUGAAUAUAAGGAUGGGGAAAAGAAAGAGUGGUAUAUGAGAGGAUCUUUGGAACAUGUUUCGAUCGACUGGGAAAUAGUAGAAUAUCUCAAUGGAAAAGAUCCGCACAACCCUAGUCAUUAUAAUAGUGUUCGUGGAUGGCUAGAUACUGUUGCCAAAUUAUACGGUGCAAGUUGUAAAAUAGAUCCAGAAGUAUUAAAAAAGACCAUAGGACGAGGCUCAGAGCUUCCUGGUCAAAAUGGUGAAAGAGGGGACUCUAGUGCUGUAGGAGAAGCUGGUCCUCCCGGUAAAUGUGGUAAGGGUAAUAACGGAUUCAAUACAACUUAUGGUAGUGGGUUGACUAAUGGUUAUAUGACGACUGGAGGCGUUAACAACGUUAAAAUCCAUAUACCAAGACUAAAUGGAACAGAUGCAGGCCUAUAUGGAUUCCCACUGAACUCAAAAGUAGUUGAUCCUGGAUCUGGUGGAGAUCUUCCUCCUGAAAUUUCUGGAACUCAUGCUACCUCUACUCAUAUUUCUACUGGACCUCCUGGAACAUAUGGAAAACGUAUUACUCCUCUUGCUGGGUUGGGAGGACCCUCUGAUAAUGAAGCUGGAAGAGGACGGGAGUCUGAUGCUGCUAGACCUGCUACUGAUCCUAAUACUUCUGCUCCUGAUGCUGAAGGAUCUCCUCCUAAAACUCCUGAAUGUCUUCCUAAACAAGAACCUUCUGUUAUAUCUAACCAAGAUAAUGCUAGUACUCAAGGUGGUAUAGAUACUAAUGGAGCUCAAGAUACUCAAACUCCUCAAGCUGCUCCUAAACAUGAUAAAGUUGUUGGACUUCUUACUGGUAGCUCUGCACUAUGGACUAUCUUUGGAGCAUCUUCUGGUACCCUUACUGGAGCUGGCGCAACAUUUUUUGGAGGAUGGAAACUUUAUAACCGCUAUAAAGGAGACCCUUGGGUUAGACAAAUAUGA